UGGGUAAAGCCUAAGUAAAUUGACACAAGGUUUCCUGCAAAAGAUCCUCGUUCAAACUGUGCCGGGACAGAGAAACUAUUUUAACAUCGAGAAACCCAUCGCUUUUGCGACGAACGCAAGCUGAUUCAUAUCAUGGCGUUGACAUCCUUCAUCUCUGAGCAAUUCACUAUUGUCAAUGUAGUCUUGAGCGCUGUCGCAUAUCUGAGCUGGUCAUGCAUCUACUCCUUGUACUUUCACCCGCUAGCAAAUGUUCCGGGCCCAUUGAGCGCAAAGAUCUUCCCUUUCUGGACAAUAAAAGUUCUUUACAGGGCUAACCUUUGUCCUGCUCUUGCGAAGUUACAUCAACGAUAUGGUCCCGUUGUUCGCACAGGUCCAAAUGAGAUAUCUUUCACUAGUCCCGAAGCUCACGAUACGAUAUACCGCAUUCCCUUUACCAAGUCUAAAACCGGUCAUUACUUUUCCAAAGACGGCACGUUGCAGGAUGGCAUUGCGAACUUGAUAUUCCGCGCACCGACUAUUGGAAAUGAAGGGAAUCGUAUCGUGCAUCGCCAACUCCGUAAUCGUAUGGCUGCAGCAUUCACGACCGGUGCUGUACUCUCGCAGCAGGAUAUUCACGAAGUGCAUCUUGCACGCAUGUUUACAGACAUUGACGAAAUGUGUUCCAACGGCGACACUGUAGAACUUCGUGACCACCUUUCCGCGAUGCUCUGGAAUUUGGUGUCUGACCUCUCCUUCGGCGAACCAUUAGUCUCCAGCAAAAGACUAGUAUUUAUCAGAAUGGAGACGAUAUAUCGAAGGCUCUUCCCUGUUCUAGAGGCUAUUAAUUGCUUGUUUCCAUGGUUGGAGCGGGCAAUUUUCCAUGCCUCAGUAUUCGUCCCAGCCUCAUCAGCAAGAGCAUUUCUUCCUACAGGCCAGCUUCGAGAAUGCAUGGAUCGCCAGGACAGCCGCAAGGACUUUUUAACUGCGAUCAUGGGCGAGAAUGAAAAAGAAGGACUGGGGAAAUUGAACUGGGAUAUAAUGUACAGCAAUGCCUCAUUCUUCAUUGUCUCCGGUUAUUUCACGAACGAGAUUUCCCACUGUGCCUUGAUGUAUAAUCUUUUACGAUCGAAGGAAAGCAUGAAGAAAGUCCAGGAAGAGCUCCGUACAGCCUUCCAAGCUUCUAACGAGAUUAAUGCGCAGCAAUGCGCAAAACUACCAUAUUUGAACGCUUGCAUCAGCGAGUCUUUGCGACUGUGGCCUCCGCUUGCUGGCAAGUUCAUGAGUCGUCGCUCUCCUGGGGCCAUGAUUGAUGGAUACUGGGUUCCCUUUGGAACUCAGGUAUACAUUGACCCAUAUACUGUCCAGCGCUCCCCAAAUGCUUUUGUCGAUCCUGACGAGUUUCUUCCUGAGCGUUUCUUGCAGCAUAAGGACGUGGGUAAAUACCAGCACGAUCUCCAUGAGGUUUACAAGCCCUUCUCAUCUGGUCCAAGGGUUUGUAUCGGAAGAGAAAUGGCGUUGCAGUCGCUUCGAUUAACUACUGCAAAAUUGCUAUUUAAGUAUAACAUCGAGUUCACGAGUCCAGAUUGUUUCAUCUGGGAACGAGACUGCAAGAGCUCGGCACUGUGGGCAGAUUAUCGUUUACCGGUACGUAUUACAGCCGUUGAGCGCUGA